AUGGGUGUUCACAACAUCAAAACCAAGGAGGACUUUGAGCAGACCCUGCACAAGCACAGGGCUGUCGCUGUCGACUUCUACGCCACUUGGUACACCCCGUGCAAGACCAUCGCUCCCGCCUUUGUCGAGUGUUCUGAGCAGGACAGGUUUAAGGACGUUCGCUUCCUCAAGGUUGAUAUUGACCAGCUCCCCGAGCUCGCCGCAGACAUGGGUGUCCGUGAAAUGCCCGCCUUCAAGCUGUUCCUUGAUGAUAAGCCCGCCGGCGAUCUUGUUGGGGCUGAUAAGGAUGGGCUUAUUCGCCUGCUGGAGAAGGCUGUCUGA